CUUGCGAUGCGUCGUCUGAACCAAAAAAAAGAAGAGGAAGAAGAAAAAACAGGAACAACGAACGAAAACGAAAAGAUUCCGAAGAAGGAGAAGGCGCGGACCUGGAGAUUUCCCGUUUCCGAGAUUGAACCAUGGAAGGCGACGAGGCUCCGCUGCAACACCAGUGGUCUAUCGUGGCUCCUCUGAUCUUCUCCAUUGUCGUAUUAUUCCAGUUGGCCUCGAGAAGGUUGGAGCUCCUGAAGAGGAACGCAUCUAAGAGCGAGAAGGAAGUUCAACUGCGUGCAGAAAUAAAGCGACUCUACAAAGAGGCCAGCACCUUCUCGCAGCCAUCGACAUUUGCUCAAGCAGCCAAACUUAGGAGGUCCGCAGCUGCCAAAGAGAAGGAACUUGCAAACUGUAAUAAGGCUAUUGAAUCAGUAUUUUGUUAUUUUUAUUUUGUGUUGUUUGAGAAACUUAUAUUCAAUGAUUCUUCAAUCCAUGUAUUUAGCUGCUCCCUGGAUUGGAUGUCUCUGCUCGAAAUUGAUGGUUUAGUUUGUCAUAUUCAAUGGAGAAUCGUUGAUAUGCAGAACGGCAUAUUACUGGAUGCAUAUGUCUCUAUUCCCCGAUUAAGACAAAUUGCAGUUUGGGGUUCUAUGCGAAUGAAUGGUUAUCAAGGAUUAAUUCCAUUUUUGGUUGUCCCCUUGUAGAUCAAGAGUCACAGGGCAAGGAGGUGAAAAUGUCUUAUGAUUUGUACAUAAAGAUUUUGUUUCUCUUAAAGGUUAUUACUUAUUCUCUUUUUGUUUGCUGGUAUUGGAAGGCUCCAGUUGCUGUCGUAUCUCAGCAACUUGUGCAGCCAUUUGGAAAGCUACUCUCCUGGAGUGCUGGUAGCCACUUAACUAACAAUGUUACGGUAAUUCUUUGUUAACUCUUUUGACUUUAACUGUCACAUGUUCUGAGUAAGUGUGAGCCUCGUGCAUUCGAGCUUCACUUUUGUGUUCGGUCACCCUAUUAUUUGUUUCUUUUAAUCGGUGUAUUAGAGUUACCGCCAACAGAAAGGGGCCUCCUUGUAGUGUUCAGAUUAAAGGGGCCUCCUUGUAGUGUUCAGAUUCAACAUGAUUGUUUCUUUGCUAUCAGGUUUUGUGAUCUUCUUAUCAGUUCAGAGAGUGAUGAAUCAAAUGUUUCUUUGCUAACAGGUUUUUUCAUUGAAUUCUUAUAUUCAGUUUAGAGAGUGAUGAAUCUAAUCUUUUUCCUUCGUAUCCCUC